AUGAAGCGUCGGGCGUCUGAUCUUCAAGUGACGAACGAUGGACGUGCUCAGUACCGUAUUACCCACAGAUGGAUUGAGAACGUCACCAGCGACAGUCAGUCUCCGGCGACGUCAGCACAGCUUCUUGAAUCUCAACUUAGGGCUGAAUUCCGUUUCCGGGCCUACAUUGACAAACAAGCAAAAGGUCUUUUCAAACGCUAUGUGGAAUCCGUGACGGAUGUGAAUCGUCACGUGGUUGGUGUACAUAUUCGUCACGGUGACUACAUGUACAAUCGGUUUAAGAAGCUUGGAUACGCGGUGCCGUCUCUUCAGUACUACAAGAGAGCAAUGGCCUACAUGAAGAGAAAACUCGGUAACGUGACGUUCCUUGUUGUUGGGGAUGAUCUCCCUUGGGCCAAGGUCAACCUGCAGGGCCCGGAUGUAGUUAUAUCUGAGCCCCACCCCGCGGGCAUCCACCUGGCCCUUCUAUCUCGUUGUGGUCACAUGAUCCAGUCUACCGGAACCUUCAGUUGGUGGGCGGGGUGGUUUGUUUCAGGUCACGUGGUGUAUUUCAAGGACUACCCAGAACGAGGCUCAUGGCUGGACGGCCGGGUGGUGAAGGAUGACUACUACUUGCCUCACUGGGUGGCGUUGUGA